AUGACGGGAAGGAAUGGGAACUUAAAUGAAAUGGAGUCUGUCAGUCGGAAUAACCCCAGAGCCGUCGCUGCGGGGAGCCGGCCCGGGGGCUCGGCUGCGCUGCCUCCCGGGGGCUGCCUGGCGAGGGUGCUGGGCUGGGCCCAGGGGGAUAAGGAGAAGAAGAAGAAGGAGAGCAUAUUGGACCUCUCCAAGUACAUCGACAAGACCAUCCGGGUGAAGUUCCAGGGCGGGCGGGAAGCAAGCGGUGUCUUGAAAGGAUUUGACCCUCUUCUGAACCUUGUGCUGGAUGGUACCAUUGAGUAUAUGCGAGAUCCAGAUGAUCAAUUUAAAUUGACAGAAGACACACGUCAGCUGGGACUUGUGGUUUGCAGAGGGACUUCUGUGGUUCUGAUUUGUCCACAGGAUGGAAUGGAAGCUAUUCCAAACCCUUUCAUUCAGCAGCAAGAUGGCUAAUGCUUCCUUUGGAUUGUCUCUGAAAACUUCAGGAGUGCAAGUCAUUGGAGAAAACUAUCAGUGUGUGAGAAGCUUCCUGUUUUGGGGGGGUAGUUUGAAUGUGUAUUUGUUAGUGUGGAAAAAAAGUCAACUUUUAUUUUUGUGGCUUUCAUAGAUGAUGGGGAAUGUAAGAAGUAUGUUCUUGUUUUCCUCCUACCCCCAAAUAAUUGUGUAAUUAUUUUGUUUAGAGCUGACAGAAGAGAACAUAUUGACAUUAAUUGUCUGAGACCUUCUUGUUCUUGAGAGUUUUGUAACAACCCCAUAAAAUUAGUUGAGAAUGCCCUGAAUAUUGGUUAUAUUCUUUCCAUUUUUAAAUACAUUAAAAUGUAUUUAAUCCAAAUUAAAAGCCUAAAUACAGUAGUAGAAUGUGUUUUUCUUCCUCUUAGAUAUCAGUACUCAGCUGGGGAAACAUUAUGUUGUAGUCUUCUGCUGUUGAGUUCAUUCUCUUUUGUGCAGGAAAAUUACUUCCUUGUGUAGUGUCAUCACUUUACAAGCAAUGUAAAGAAGGUCUUUUUCAGCACGUGUUCCAGAACUGGUGGGCUGUGAUCUGUGCAUCAGCAGGCUCACACAUUUCUACAGGAUUUCUUGGAAUUUUAGGGGAAGAAUAUUUAAUACCCUAACGUUUGUUCAAUUGUAGGCAUUCUCUGGAAGUACUGCAUAUUUUUAUAUUGUGGCUAUCCACAUGUGGUUUUGCUUCUUAUAACUUGAUUUGUAAGUAAACAUUUUUAUUUCUUUUAUACUGCAGAAAAUUCAAGAUUUGAGGAGUUUUGAGUGAAUAAAGAUAAAUUAAUCUGUUUCUAAAUGUCUGGUUUUUAGUCUGUAAAAUUGCACUGCAGCUGACAUUACAGUUCUCCAGUCAUAAAUCUAAAUUAAAUUAGUUCAGGAGGUGCAUAAACUGCAGGAUCAGGAAGGGCCAGAGCAGGAAUUGAUGGGAAAGGCCUGAGAGUAUCUCAUCCUUCUUCUGAGGUGUUUUAAAGACUGUUUCUGCCACCUGCUCUUGCCUUUAUAGGGGAACCUUUAUGGGGAGGCUGUGGCAGGGUGAAUUGUUUUGCUGGCACCAGCAGUUUUGUUCCUGAAGGUUUUCAAGAACACAUGGCAAGUACAGGUAGGAUUGGUUAUUUUGGCCACAGCAUUGUUCCAUGCAUAGCCUUUCCUGGGUCAGCUCCAGAAUGGGUGGGAGCCUAGAGUGAAUUGCAUGUCAGUGAAUCUGACUUCAGGAGGCUCUGAAACGGGCCCGGGUGUCUUGUGUGAUGUAUUCCUGUGUGAGCUUGGGCACAUCUGGAUUUUAAUCUGGGGGCUCGUGUAGCUGUCUAUAAAGUUGUUCUGCUCACAACCUAGUUUCUUUCUAAUGCUUCAAAACUUGCCGGUGAAACUGCACAACUCAAAAGAGAAUCCUUAUUUGGAGCGUGAGGAGUAGAAUUUCUCGCCAUUAGCCUGAGCAGAGUCUUGAACUGCCCUUUAGGUGGGAGAAAGGUUGCUUGUGUUGGUGCCAAAAACAUGCUGCACUAUCUUUGUGCUCUCAGCAUAGCAUCAGGAACAGACCUGCUGGGGCUCUCUGGAGUGGAUUCUGGGCUCAGUGCUGGGAGAUCUGCCUGGAGCCAGGGGUCGAGUGUGUCAAUGGAGAGGGGCACAUCCCCAGCAUUUCCUGCUCAGGUGCUUGGUUGCUUGGUGAUCAUUGUGAGCUGCAUGGCUCUCCUUUCCUGCAGCACAGAUUUUGAGAUUAUACUUAAGAGUCAAAUACCUGAAAAGAAGAAUAUGAAAAUGAUAGGGGACAGCCAUGUUAGCAGGCCCUGUUGUGGUAAGACAAGGGGUAAUGGUUUAAGCUAAAAGAGGGGCGAUCCAGACUAGAAAUAAGGAAGUUUUUAUGAUAGGCGUGGAGAGGCACUGGAACAGCUUUGUUUGCUGAGCUCUGCCAAGAACUGGGAGUGAGUCUUGCUGGUGUGGACUCUUUGGGUAAGGGACUCUACUUCAAGGUCACUAUGCAAACCUCUUCAUGUUAUAGCUUUGGAAAAAUUCCCUGUGGCGUUAGCUGUUGCUUGUGCUACAUCUGUAUUUAUUUUGUGCAUUCAGACUGAGGGUGUCUGAAUGUGGAAAGCCA